UCACUCCUAGUUAAAGUCUCCUUCCUAAAUCUGAUCGGAGCAGACGAGCAACAAGCCCAUCUGGACUCCGUGGGUUUACUGAAACCACUGGACUUCAUCCGGUUAUCAUGAUUCAAUUGUCCUGGUUUUUGUUGGGGUCACUUUUGUUUGGGCUUCAGGCUGCUGUGGUGAUAAGAGCUCAUUCUGGAGUUAAUCUGGUGCGACAUAAAAGAAACUGGGUUCCCCCUCCAUUAACUUUGAAGGAAAAUGUUGACUACACUCAACUGGAGUCUAUUGCCAAGAUCCGUUCAGACCAACAAACUGGAACAAAUAUUCUCUACUCCUUAGAAGGUAUUGGAGCAAACCAGCAUCCUUUUCAUGUUUUUGUGGUUGACGCUCAUACUGGAAACGUUCGAGUGACCAGAAAGCUUGACAGGGAGCAGAUUGACAAGUACCAGCUUGGAGGUUUUGCUAAAUUCCCAGAUGGCACUGAAGCAGAGAAAAAAAUUGACCUCAAAAUUAAGGUUAUUGAUGAGAAUGACAAUCCUCCGAUCUUUGAUUCAUCACUGCUGAGAGCUUCGGUGGACGAGAACAGUGCUGCAGGGACGUCAGUUACAAUAAUCAAAGCCACUGAUGCAGAUGAACCAGGGACGAACAAUUCUAAGAUCGCCUACUCCAUCAUAGAUCAGAAACCCCACCACUAUUUCGGCAUUACCAAGGAUGGCGUGAUCUUUGUUCAGAAUGCUAUGUUGGACAGAGAAGAAGAAGACACAUAUAUUCUAACAGUGACUGGUAAAGAUCUAUAUGGUGCAGAAGGGGGAAACAUUGCAACAGGAACUGUUACUAUCACCAUCCUUGAUGUGAAUGACAAUUUUCCAACUUUGGAAAAACCAGAUUAUGACGGAACAAUUGAGGAGAACACAUUUGGUGUUGAGGUGAUGAGGAUCACAGCACAGGAUCUGGACCUUCAGAACACAGACAACUGGGAAGCGGUUUUUGACAUAGUCAAAGGCAAUGAGGCCGGAUAUUUCAGUAUAAAAACUGAUCCCCGGACCAACGACGGCAUCCUAAUGCUUGAGAAGCCUGUGGACUACGAGGAUAUGAAAAACCUGGAACUAGGGCUAGCAGUGCGGAACAAGGCUCCACAGUUUGAUGGAUCAGGCUCAAAUGGAGCUAGUAUAGGUUUUGGAGGAGGAGCCGGAGGGGCCACUGGCGCCAGUGGUGUCAGUGGUGCCAGUGGUGCCAGCGGUGGCAGUGGUGUGGGUGGCUCCACUGGUGCCACUGGCGCCAGUGGUGCCAGCGGCGCCGGCGGCGCCGGCGGCAGUGGCGCAGGUUCCGCCAGCGGCACCAGUGGUGCCAGUGGAACAACAUUUAAAACCUACCCAAUCAAAAUCGCUGUAAAGAACCAGCCAGAAGGACCACAGUUUGAUCAAGCAGUUAAAGCUAUUCCUGUCGUAGAAGGAGGCGAUAUUGUUAAUAAAGUGAUUGGCCGUUAUCCUGCAACAGAUAAAGACACUGGGAAACCAGCGGAGAAUGUCAGAUAUUUAAAAGGCUCAGACCCUCAUAACUGGUUUACAGUUGACCCCGAGACAGCUGAGAUCAAACUGAACAAGAUACCUGACAGGGAGUCUCCAUUUCUGGUCAAUGGGACAUAUACGGCUAAAAUACUCUGCAUCACAAAAGACAUGCCAGCUAAAACGGUUACUGGAACUAUAGCCAUCCAGGUAGAGGAUUUUAAUGACAACUGCCCCAUGCUGACCAGUGACUUCCAGUCUAUGUGCACAUCAAAGGACAGUGUCAUUGUCAAUGCUAAAGAUGAAGAUCAACAUCCUAAUGGAGCACCUUUUGAAUUUACCAUUGUCUCAGAGGACAGAAGGGGAAAUUGGCAAGUGGAGCACUACAAUGAGACUGCAGCUAUUGUGAGGGCGCAGGAGGAGAUGUGGCCUGGUGUCUACAACCUGCUGUUUGUGGUGAAAGACCAACAGGGACUUGCCUGUCCAAAACCACAAAAAAUGACAGUCCAUGUCUGUGUCUGUGAGGAUGGAGUUGUCUGUGCAAAACGAGGUUCCAGCAGUCAAUUUGAGCGAAACACAGAGUUAGGAGCUGCAGCCAUCGGACUUCUUUUUCUGGGACUUAUGCUUUUAAUACUCAUUCCGCUUUUGUUGUUCGUUUGCAAAUGUGGAGGAGCUGCAAAAUAUACCGACCUCUUUACUGAAAUGCCUUUUCCCACAAAGACACAUCUCAUUAAUUACCACACUGAGGGCCUUGGAGACAAUGUGGAGGUUCCUUUGUUGAAUAUGCCACUACCGGGGGUUACUGGCAUAGCUCAAAGUCCUGUAGAAAUGAUAUAUGGGGGGGGAUUGGAAGUGCAGCAAUCUGUUGAUUCCAUGAAUGCGGGCAUGUUACAAGGUUUUUCUUCAAGUGGCCACAAAGAAGGAAUGUGGGGGAUGAACCAGUGGGUGAGCAGUGCCUUCAACUCAGAAUCUGAAGGCAGAGAGUCAAGAGGAGAAGGAGGAUUUCUUAGUGGCAUGGCCUUGCCAGAAAACUUCCUGAAUAAAUACUACAACAUGGUGACCAGUGGAAAUGAUGACAAACUUGGGUUAAAAGAUGGCCUGUUGGUGUAUGACUAUGAAGGCCAGGGCUCCUCCGCUGGUUCUGUUGGCUGCUGUAGCACUUUGGAAUCAGACACUGACCUGCAUUUCCUUGAUGAUCUUGGAAUAAGGUUUAAAACACUUGCUGAGAUAUGUGAAGGCAAAACAAUCCAAACUGAGAUUACACAGGUGGACACUCCUCGACCUAAUGCUCCUGUAAACAAGAUUCAAAUGUCAGAGCCAAAUUUGGUGACACGCCAAGAGAUGUCUUAUUCAUCUAAAAUACAACCGGCUAACUCCAGAACCGAGCAGACUUUAGUCAAUGAAACAACUGAGCAUUCUAAAAUAAGGGAUAACAAGGCCGCAGUAAGGAAAGGGAUGACCACAGUGCAAACAGAGAUGGCACAUCAGAACCAGAUGUUAGUUUUAAACCAAGAGCAGCCUGUCUACUUCACCACGACACCUGUGCUGCAGCCCAUGCACUAUGUUGUUCAGCAGCCCCUUCAGAAUGCCAUGAUGGUAGCUGAGGCACCUAUCCCCAAUCUUCAGCCCAUGGUAGUGUUUAAUGGCACUGACAUUGGGUCCUCACAGGUUAUUGUUCAAGGGCAGACAAUGAUGCCCAAUGCACAACUCCAGAGCCUUGGGACUGUGCUGGUGGACAGCAGGGAGAUCCAAGGAACUAGUGGAAACUUGGUCUCUGGGUCCCAAAAUAUGAUGUUUCUUAAAGGCAAGGUCCCAGCAGGAUCACUGAAAGUAUUAAGUGGGAACCAGGCUACCCUCAUUCAGGGUGGUACUGUACUAAAUGAGCAGUCAGGGUCUCAGACAAUCAUGAAUAUUGGGGAAUCAAACACCAGAGGGCAUCAGCUUCUGGAAGGAAGAGGUGUCUUCCAAAACACUGAAGAGUCUGGGAUUCAAAUAGUUCAUGACAUCAGUGGUGGUGCAUAUAGUGGCUCUCAGGGUAGCACCUCUUUCAACAUACUUAGCAAAGUCCCCACCAUUCAAAACAUUCUGCAGAAGUAAUAAGAAAUUAACUUAAAUAUUCUGCCUGUAAAGUGGUCAACAUACACCGCUAAUGUGGUCUACGCUGAUGGGAGCUUAUUGUUGUCAAAAGUUGAAAUGUAAUAAAAAAAAAAUAGAAGGUUAGAAGGUUCUACCAUGGCCCCGGGGUUCUCCUGACCUAAAGAAGAUAUAUAAACAACAACCCAUAAAGAAAUGGCUUUUCUCACCAGUGUCAACAAAGUUAAAAAUCAGCAGUCUAUAAAAUGUCCAAACCUGAUGUCAUAUGCAACAAAUGCUGAUGUUCAAACUUUUACUUCAUGCAAUUUUCUUUUUGCAUUUUCAGCUUUUGAAAUGUAAAAGCAAAACCACAAUCUUACCUAAACUCUUGAAAUAGUGUGUGAAAUUUAAAUUUAGGUCAAAAUGGAACGUCAUGCACAAAUUCAAUUCAGUUUUCAGUUAAAUUGAUUCAUACAGAUUUCAAGUCAUGUACAUACAUUGCAAUUAAUCCUAACUAUCCAACAGUGGAGUCAGAUUCAGUUUAUUAUUCAGAUUGGUUAAAAAGUUUUUCUAUCUAGGGAAAACCAGCAGAUGGUAUUAAGUCAGUGACUUGCAGCAUUCACUCCUCUUGGAUGAGCAUGUAGAGACAGUGGACAGCCACUGGCGUUGACUUUGCAGCAAUCCCUCAUACUGAGCAUGCAUGUAGUGACAGUGGAAAGAAAAAC